AUGACGAACGCAACACGCGACUAUGGUGACCUCAGAGUCACCAUGACCUCAGCCUUCGACUGGGUCUGGAGUGACAAGGGUAGCGGAGCCUCAAAGGACUUUGAAGCCUACCACCCCAAAGCUCAGGGAAAUUUGCGUCCUCUGGGAUCUGUUGGUUUUUCUUCAUAUGGUGAUAGGAAUGGCAAGUUUGCUGUCAUCCUUGUUGGGAACAAUCCAAGUUCUACUGGCAAAGCAGCGGUCGCUAGUCCCACUGGAUACGAUCUGAUUUGGCGUGAUGAGAAGAGCGGAGGUAGUCAUAACGGAUCUUUCUGGAGACCCAGAGCACCGAGUGGCUCGAACUACUUCAGAUCAAAAGUUUGGGAUGAUCAUAAGUCGGGAGCCAAGUCUGAUUGUUCUGUGUGGGACAUUGGUCUCCCUAAUAUUGGUGCGAACGGGGGAGAAAACAUCCCGAUCUCAUGCGAGACUUUCCGCGUCAAUAACAGCUGGUCUGAGCCCAACAAUGGCCUCGCACAAGUUCUCGACCUAUCAAAUCCCAAACGCUUCACAGAAUUCACUGCUCCCCCACCAACUUUCACGAAAAACAAUAUUCCAAAAGGUGGCGAUGCAUUCAACCGCAUUGAUCAAUGCCAAGUCACACUUCCUUUCAACAUCUAUUUCCCCCCCACAGACGCAGCAAGCCUUAGAACCAUCAGCUACCCAUUCUGCAAUCUCACUCGAAAAAUAGCUUGGUAUGUCCACACGGCGCACACCAAUAAUAGCGGAGGCCAGAUUUCCGACUCCACCACAGUUACAAAAGGUGUCAGCAAGACGCUAGCAGAGGAGAUGACACACUCUGCAGGAGUUUCCAUAUCUGCUUCGUACGGUAUCAAGGGUUUCGGCAUGGAUGUUAGCCUCAACUAUCAAUUUACAUCGACCACUUCCUCCUCCUUCACCGAGUACGAGGAGACUACGCGCACGCAGGGGUAUACUGUUCCGCCAUAUGAAGCUACCAUUUUCCUCAGCAAGCGAAUUUGGAUUCAGGCCAUUCGCGCAGAUGGAUCUAUUGUUCUCAGAGAAAUCAACUUCAACGCCAACGAAGACAUCCAUCUUAUCGGGGUCUCUCUUAAGUAG